AUGACAAUUUCCCAAGAAAAACGGGGAAAUGAGACCAGUUAUAAACUUAAAACCACUCAACAGGUAUUUGAGGAAAAAGCAUUUCAAGAUGGAAACAAUGCAAAAAGUCCUAAAUCUAGUUCAGAAAGGAGAUUACGGCAUAAAUCUAGACCUAAAAGAUGUCACUAUAACCACAGAUGCGAGUGGAACGUGGGGCUGGGGUGGUCACAUGAACAACCUUACAGUGCAAGGCCGUUGGUCAAAGUUAGAGAAAUUGCAACACAUCAACAUUCUGGAAAUGAAAGCUGUAAAGUUAACUGUCCAACAUUUUCUUCCUGCUCUAGAAAACAAGAAUGUAUUAAUCAGAUCGGACAACACCUCGGUAUGUCAAUACAUCAAUCGCCAGCGGGGUACACAUUCACCAGCUCUAUGUUGUCUGACUUGGGACUUGUGGGAUUUAGCCCUGAGACACAAUAUGAGUCUCAAAGCAGCCCACAUCAUGGGGAAGUCCAACAACUUGGCAGACUUUUUGAGCAGGAAGAAAGUGCAGGAUACAGAGUGGAGUCUGAACAAAACAGUGAUAACACAAAUUUUCAGUCAAUGGGGUUAUCCCCUCAUAGAUCUGUUUGCAAAAUACAAGAACAAACAGACAACACUGUUUUGUUCAUGGUUUCUACAUCCCCAAGCUUUAGCACUGGAUGCCCUGUCAAUUGCAUGGCAGAGCAUGUUUGCAUAUGCAUUUCCCCCCGUUCAGUUAAUUCCGAAGGUUCUGAGUCACAUGCAGCUGUUCCAGUGCAGGUUGAUUCUCAUAGCCCCAAAUUGGCCGAGGCAGCAUUGGUUCCCUCAUCUGCUAAAAAUGUUGAUAGCAAGACCAAUCAAAUUACCAGUAAUUCAGAAUCUGUUGAUACAAGGCAAAGGGAAAGUAAUGCAUCCAAAUCUAGAGACAUUGCAGUUGACUGCAUGGCUACUAUCGACAGAGCCUUCAGAACAAGAGGCUUUUCAGAAAACACUAGAAAGCUAUUGGCCGCCUCAUGGAGAAAAGGCACCCAAAAGGACUAUAACUGUAAAUUCAGAAAAUUAAAUAGUUGGUGUAGUGAACAAGAAAUUGAUCCCUAUACUGCAUCUCUAACAGACUGUGCCCAUUUCCUCACUUUUUUGUUUGACAAAGGGUUAAAGUACAAAACAAUUACGGGUUAUAGGUCUAUGCUGUCAUCACUUUUAGCACCUGUUGAAAAAUUUCCAGUUGGUCAACAUCGUUUCAUUAUUAGAUUACUGAGAGGUAUCUUUAAUCAAAGACCACCACUUAGAAAACUGGUACCUGAAUGGGAUUUACCUCUUGUUUUAGGAUGUCUGAAGAAACCGCCUUUUGAGCCGAUGAAAGAAGCCUCCUUGAAAUAUGUGACCUGGAAGACUUGUUUUUUGAUAGCAAUAACUUGUUUUCGUCGCUGCAGUGACAUUCAAGCCUUACGUUUAGGUGAAGGAAACAUAAAUGUACAAAAGAAAGGACUAACUUUCCUACUUGCAGGUUUGUCAAAACAAGAUAGACCUAAUCAUCAUUCCAGGAAGAUUUUUGUGCCAUCUUUUCCAAGUAAUAAAUUGUUAGAUCCAAAAAGAGCUAUGACAUACUAUUUGAAGAAAACAGAAUGUUUCAGAAUUCAAGGCUCGGAAAAUGAACUUAAACUCUUCUUGAGUGUUAUUAAACCGCAUGAACCAGUGUUGAGCCAAACUAUUUCUAAAUGGUUGGUCAAUGUGAUUAAGUUUGCAUACAAAAAGAGCAAUAAGCAGCUUGACAAAGUUAAAGGACACUCAACACAUAGCAUUGGCCCAUCCUGGGCUCUUUUCAAGGGUGCCUCUUUAGAUCAGGUUCUAGAUGCGGCAGAUUGGUCUUCUGAGACCACUUUUAUCAAACAUUACAUGAAAAAUGUGAAUGUAAAUAUAUUAGAUUUUCAUUGA